AUGAAGAGCUUUCUAAAGCUUGGUGGUGCGGUUGCGCUCGGGUGUUUUGCUGUCGAGAGUGCGGCUAGGGCUGUAGGAUAUUCGCCCAAGGAAUUCAUCAAGCCGUACAAGAGGGAGGCUUUACAAGAUAUCGUCACCUGGGACGAAGACUCGCUCUUCGUUCAUGGAGAACGCAUCUUCCUGUACUCUGGUGAAGUUCACCCGUUCAGACUACCAGUUCCUGACCUUUACGCCGACCUCUUUCAGAAGAUCAAGGCUCUUGGUUACAACGGCGUUUCCUUCUAUGUCGACUGGGCUCUGCUUGAGGGCAAGCCCGGUGUUUACCGCGAAGAGGGUGUCUUUGACCUACAACCUUUCUUCGACGCUGCGCAGGAGGCUGGCAUCUAUCUCCUUGCUAGACCGGGACCUUACAUCAAUGCUGAAGUAUCUGGUGGAGGUUUCCCCGGAUGGAUUCAGAGGGUUAACGGCACACUGAGAACGCGCGCUCCCGAUUUCCUGGAAGCGACCGACAACUACAUGAAGAAUGUGCUGGCGAAGAUCAAGCCGGCGCAAAUCACUGAGGGCGGCCCUAUCAUCCUUAUCCAGCCAGAAAACGAGUACACGCAAGCUACUUCCGCCAUCAAGCCUUUCCCGGAUCCAGUCUACAUGCAAUACGUUGAAGAUCAGAUUCGCGACGCCGGUAUCGUUGUACCUUUGAUCAGCAACGACGCCUCCGCAAAGGGAAACAACGCACCCGGUCAACCUGCAGCUGUUGACAUUUACGGCCAUGAUGGCUAUCCUCUUGGGUUUGAUUGUGCUAACCCCACCACAUGGCCGGAUGGCAACCUUCCAACGAACUGGCAUCAGCUUCACGAGCAGCAGAGUCCUACUACUCCUUACUCUAUUGUAGAGUUCCAAUCUGGCAGCUUCGACCCUUGGGGUGGGCCAGGUUUUGACAAGUGCGGUGUUCUAGUCGGCGCGGAGUUCAACCGCGUAUUCUACAAGCAACUAUACAGCUUUGGCGUUACGAUCUUGAACUUGUAUAUGACCUACGGUGGAACCAACUGGGGCAACCUUGGUCACCCUGGUGGCUACACUAGCUACGACUACGCUGCGCCAAUCAAGGAAGACCGUCAAGUUGACCGCGAGAAGUAUUCUGAGCUUAAACUCCAGGCCAACUUCCUCAAGGUGAGCCCUGCGUAUCUCACUGCUGCGCGCGGCAAUGCUUCAAACUCCACCUGGACAACUAGCACCGAUUUGAGCGUCACUCCUGCGACCAACGAGAAGACUACAUUCUACUUUCUGAGGCACUCCAAGUACAACUCGUUGGAAUCAACGACCUACAAGCUUCACGUCACGACCUCUAUCUUCGGAAAUAUCACUGUACCUCAGAUGAACGGUACUUCCCUUACGUUGAACGGCCGUGAUUCCAAGGUCCAUGUUAGCGACUACGACAUCGGCGGUGCCACUCUGGUCUACUCUACUGCUGAAGUAUUUACUUGGCACAAGUACGACGACAAGACUGUUCUAGUCGUCUACGGUGGUUCAGGAGAGACUCACGAACUGGCUCUCGAUGUCACCGGACUUGAGGUUGUCGAGGGCGAUGUCGCGAGCACCACUGCUAAGGGUACCACAAUCCUGAACUUCAAGGCCGAUGGUACCAGAAAGAUCGCGAAGGUUGGAGCUGAUAGCCCCGUCUACGUCUACAUGCUCGAUCGUGGCGAGGCCUUCAACUACUGGGCUAUUGACCAAGCACCUCAUGACUCUUCUAACCCUGUCAUUGUCAAGGCAGGCUACCUAAUGCGCACUGCCAAGGUUACUGGCGACACCAUUGCCCUCGUUGGCGAUAUUAACGCUACAACCACGGUCGAAGUCAUUGGUGGCGCAUCAUCAGAAGUGUCUAAGAUGACUUUCAACGGAAAGGACAUUGACUUCACCACUUCCGAACAAGGAACCUUGUCCGCCGACAUUGAGUUUGCCAAACCGGACAUCAGCAUCCCCAAACUCAGCGAACUGGAAUGGAAGUUCGUCGACUCACUACCUGAGAUGCAACCCGGAUACGACGACAGCGAGUGGACUGCAGCCGACCUGAAGAAGACAUACAAUUCUCUGCGUCCCUUGACUACACCUGUGUCGCUAUACAGCUCGGACUACGGUUACCACACCGGUACUCUGCUCUUCCGCGGCACAUUCACCGCAUCUGGAAACGAAUCAACAUUCUACCUUUCGACGCAAGGUGGUUCUGCAUUCGGUUCUUCUGCGUGGAUUGGCGAUCAAUUCCUCGGCUCAUGGCGUGGUUACGACGCAGCCAUGAACGGCAACGCCACGUUCACCAUGCCCAACCUGACCAAGGGUAAGACAUACACCAUCACGGUCGUCGUAGACAACCAAGGCCUAGACGAGAACUGGACCAUUGGAACCGAAACCAUGAAGAACCCGCGUGGUAUCCUGGAUUACAAACUAUCUGGCCACGACGCCUCCGAUGUUGUCUGGAAGCUCACUGGUAACCUCGGCGGAGAAGACUACCGCGAUAUUUCUCGAGGUCCCCUCAACGAAGGCGGCCUGUACGUUGAACGCCAGGGUCUACACCUCCCCGGUGCUCUCACAGCAACAGACGCCAAAUGGCAAGCCUCCGCCGGCCCAGUUGCCGACGGCAUCUCCGCCCCAGGCAUUGGUUUCUUCGCCACUGAAUUCGAUCUCAACAUGCCCUCUGGCUACGACAUCCCCCUCAGUUUCACCUUCACAAACGGCACUUCUUCCAGCAACUCUUCUUCUUCUGGUUCCAGCGUCCCCGCCUACCGCGUCCAGCUCUACGUCAACGGCUGGCAGUACGGCAAGUACGUUAGUAAUGUGGGCCCGCAGGUCAAGUUCCCUGUUACAGAGGGUAUCUUGAACUACAACGGUACCAAUUACUUGGGCGUCAGUCUUUGGGGUCUGGAUGGUGGAAGUACAAAGGUGGAUGGAUUGGAGUUGGAGGUUGAUGCGGAGAUUUGGAGUGGAAUGAAGAGCGUCGCUACUGUUAUGGGAAAGCUGCGCAACGCUAUCUACGAGCACUUCAUCGAUCUCAUGCCAUCAGUCAAAGACGCCAUUAACCUAGCUUGCGUCCAUAAGCAGACUCACUCCGAGUUCGCAAUGUUAUUCGUCCUUCGGAGCAAUCUCAGCCUCGACUUUGAGGAUCUUAAUGACUUCCUACAUCACUUCUUUGUUCGCUGCCCCAACUCGGCCCUCAAGGAUGUUCGUUGCUACCUGGAAGUGGAGGUGUACUGGUGUUCAAGUUACUCACUCGAUAUGCUUGCGGUCGCUGCGGUCCUACGUGAGUACCCUCUACUCUGGAUCGGAUGGUUUGAAGAGUGUGCCUGCAACGCUUGUUUGUGCUCCUUCGAAUAUCAAGGUCCUACCUUCGUCCAGUCUUUUCUGACAGAUAUGGCUGUCGAUCAUUUCAACAAGUUGAUAUCUGCCAAGCUUUCUCGUGGAAAGUUUUACGAAAGCAGCCAGCUUCUCAUUGUCACUGGAAAGGGAGUCUCUAGACAGACUGUCGAGGGUUGGAAGCUUACCUGCAGGAGGAACAUCAAGUUUACGGUCCAUAGGGAAGUUUAUGAGGAUUUUGAGGACUUUGACUUAGAUGGUGAGACCGAUUUGGACAACGAUAAUGACAACUUAGGGGACAAGCAAGUCGGAAGGUGGUUCGGAGAGUAG